GUAUUAAUGGUUGGGAAUAUCAAGAUUCAAACGGAGUCAUUCAUGAUUCCUCGGUAGAUGAUGUAUACACAUCGCCAAACUGCUACAAAUAUAUAAAAAUGAACGGAACAAUGCAAUCAUGUAUUGAUACUCAACGUGAAUGCAAACAGCUAGGUGGCUCAAUCACCGUAAUAAACAGUAUUGAGGAAUACGAACAGUUGACAAGAAACGUGCUCAAUAUUCUUACACCCUUCCAAGAUAGAAACUUCAAUGUACAUAACCAACAGGAUGACAUAAGCAAUGGAUGCGCAGCAAUUACGGUCGAGGAUCAAUUAUUGUUAAAUAAUAUUGUAAACAUUGUGGACAUCGAUUGCUUCACAGCUCAUCUGGUAGAUUCUAUUAUUUGUGAAUCAUCAGAUGUGCAUAUUACGGAAAUAUGUCCAGAGGCAAGAACCACCAAAUCGAUGGCAACAGCCAAGAAGACAGAAUACACUUCAAAUGCAUUUACACGUCCAUCGAAGGAAAACGUGUCGGGAGUCGCUGUUAUAACGUCAAGCGUCGUUGUUACAGUCGCUAUCAUUUUACUGAUUUUAUUGCUCAUCCGACGCAAACAGAGGACAAAACUAGGAAAUGACACACAUAUAGUUGAAUAUCAAGACUAUGUAUCUGAAGAUGUACGUCGGUAUGCGUUACACACCCCUGCUGCCCAAAACACAAUAACAGCCAACGAAGUUGUUUACCAGGAUGUAAUAAAUAAUACUGAAUACCCUGGUACCGCAUUUGAAGUCGCCCACCAUGAUACUGCAGCUGAAGAAGUGGUAUUGUACGAUGAUACAGCGGUAGAAGUAGUACCGGUAUACCAGAAUUCAGAAAAUAAUGUCUACCCAUCACCAAACUGCUACAAGUUUAUAAGAGUGAACAGAAAUUGGAGAUCAUGUAUUGAUGCGCAGCGUGAAUGCGAAAAAGUGGGUGGAAAUAUCACCGUAAUAAACAGCGUCAGCGAGUACCAACAGUUGACAAGUAACGUGCUAUAUAUUCUUAGCGUCUUCGGUGAUAGUACAUUCAAUGUUCAUGUCCAAAACCUGCCACAGGGUACGGGAUGUGCAACAAUUACAGUACAGGAUGAAUUAAUUCUUUCAAAUAGUGUAACCAUUACAAAUACCGAUUGCACCACAACUUGUAUGGUAGACACUAUCGUUUGCGAGUCCACAGGCGUGCAUACGGGAAUAUGUCCUGUGCAAGGAGCCACCAAAGCAAUGCCAACUUCAACACAACCUGUACAUGGAUACACUUCAAUUGGAUUUCUGCAUUCAUCAAAGGGAACCCUGUCAGGAAUGAAAGUGGGUCCUAACUUGUUGAUUGUUGCUGUUGUAGCGUCAAGUGCCGUGGUCACAAUCGCAAUGAUUUUACUAAGCUUCUUGCAAAUCCGACGUAGGCAGAGAACAACAAAACCAGGAAAUGACAAACCUGUAGAUAAAGGUGAAUAUCAGGACUAUGUAGCUGAAGAUGUACACGAUUAUGCGACACAUAACUCUGUUGUCCAAAACCAGAAAACUACAGCUGACGAAGUUGUGUACCAAGAUGUAAAAGAUUACAGUGAAUACCUGUACCACAAUACCGCAGCAGUUGAGGUGGUGUACCACGAUACCGUAGUUAAACAGUUGUAUCACGAUACUGGAGUUAAAGUGGCAUACCAUAAUUCAGGAAUUGCACAUGCCAUAGUCGGUGGUCAGACUUCUCCAACAUUAAGUCACAAAGACACAGACCGCCACCAGAAAGUGACCAGUUCACCGGACUGUGUCGAAAACAGUGUUCGCGAUUCCGAGAGCCGAGGAAGAGGGAAAGGAAGUGAGUUUCACUUUAGCGAUGAUUACAAUGAAAUUAAUGCAUGUAUGCCAAAUGAGAACAAAGACGUAGAACCAAAUUAUUAUCUGCAGAUAAUUGGUUGA